CAGUCUCCAAGAGAAUGGAAUCAUCGGUUUGAUGAGUUUAUGAUAAGGGAGAACUACGCCAGAAGCCAAUAUGAUCCAUGUGUUUACACAAAGGGAGAUUCACUGCAAGUUAGAGUGUUUCUACUGUUGUAUGUCGACGAUAUGUUGAUAGCCUCAAAGAGUAGAGCUGAGAUCAACGGGUUGAAGGAGUUACUGAAGUCAGAAUUCGACAUGAAGGACCUGGGGGCAGCCAGACGUAUACUGGGCAUGGACAUCUUCAGAGAUAAAGGAGCAGGCCGGUUAGUGCUGUCACAGGAGAGAUAUCUCAGCAAAGUUCUAAAGACGUUCAACAUGGAAGAAUCCAGAGAGGUUCAAACUUCUAUUGGGUCGCAAUUUAGGCUUAAGGCGUUAACCAAGAAAGAAGCAGAGGAGCAAGUUGCAGAGAUGGAAGAGGUCCCGUACGCGAGUGCAGUCGGGAGCAUUAUGUAUGCUAUGGUCGGGUCAAGGCCAGACUUAGCAUAUGCUAUUGGACUGGUAAGCAGGUAUAUGGGAAAGCCGGGUAGAGAACAUUGGGCAGCAGUUAAAUGGAUAAUGCGUUAUCUUAGAGGUGCAGCGGGUUAUAGUUUGGUGUUUACCAAGGGCUCAGACUUCUUAGUUCGGGGGUUUUGCGAUUCAGACUAUGCUGCAGACCAAGAUAAGAGCAGAUCGAUCUCAGGGUUUGUGUUCACUGUUGGGGGUAAUACAGUUAGUUGGAGGUCAUGUCUACAGAAAGUCGUGGCACUUUCAACAACAGAAGCGGAAUAUAUUUCACUGUCAGAGGCUAGCAGAGAAGCAAUAUGGUUAAAAGGGAUCUGUGAGGACUUGGGGUUUGAGCAAGAGGCAGCGGAGAUUCAGUGUGAUUCACAGAGUGCAAUAUACUUGUCCAAGAACAAUAUGUUUCAUGAGAGGACGAAACAUAUGAAGGUGAAGUAUAAUUUCAUUCGUGAAGUGGUUGCAGAUGGUCAAGUCAGAUUUCUGAAGGUUCAUACGUCAAAAAAUGCAGCUGACGUAUUGACGAAGGCUCUACCAGGUGAUAAGUUCAGAGAACAUAUCAAGACCUUAAAGGUCUUGGAAGCUUGAGUUAUUCGAGCAAAAGGGAUCAUCUCAAGGAUUGGGUGAACGAGAUGAUGCAGUGGAUCAGCAGAAGUUGAGGUUGUCACCUGGAAUCAGCAGGAUUUGUAAACAAGAAGCUGAGGUAUGUAUAACAAGUUCGGAGUCGUAGAACUUGUGGUUGCCAGGAUCUAAGAGUUCACUAUAAGUAUCAAGAGUUGAUACGAGCUUGAGGAAGGAAGCAUGAACCAAGGUGGAGUUUGUGAGAAUUUGUGGUUCAUUGCUUGAAGCUCAAAGAACGCAACGGUUAUAUCAGUCACACGAAUUGGGCCGAACAGUUGCGGAUCGACAGAAUGGAAAAGACUAAUGGGCCUACGAGAUAUUGAUGAAGCCCAAGAAGAGUAGUUAGCUCGUGGAGAGGAGUGACGAGCUGAUCUGUUAUAUAUGGUCACUCUCAGGUUGUUGAGAGUUGACUUGUACUCAAGAAAACGAUCUGUCGAUCAUAUAGUGAAUUCCAGAAAAGAAGAUCCUGAAGAGAGAAGUACCCAGGGAGAUUCGGGGAACUCUAUAAUUCGCUUGUGUCUUUGCUUUUCUUCUUUAACAAACAAACGAGUGAGUGAGAGAGAGCGACAGAGAUCAAACGAGAGAGAGAGAGAGAGAGAGAGAGAUCGAAUCAAAUCAGGCGAACGAGUGAAUCGAUUAGUAUCGGCUACAGGACUGGUAGACAAACCAGUUUUUGAUAAAAAUGCAUAAUUUUUUAUUUAACCGAUGAAUCGACCUCAAAUCGAUGGAAUUAGAAAUCUAAUUCAAUUCUCCAUAUUUUGUAAAAUUUUGAACUUAUUUCCCAGUUCUACGGCGGAAAGUAUUCAAUCUAUUGCUAAACUUCUGACUUAUCUACACAGUUCUACAUCUUCAUUUUUUUGUAUUAAAUUAUUCAUGUUUAUUUCAAGCAGACCAAAAACAGUAAAACCUUGAUAAAGGAAAAAAAAAUCUAAGUGUUUUGGCUCAAUAAAAUUGUAAUGCCCUGACUGCCAAUGAGUAAUGGAUCUUCCGUACCUGUUCAUUCGACCGUGGACUCUAUUCGGUGCAACAAACUGUGCACGCUAGGUCAAGAAAAAUAUUAUCCAACCAAAUUAUUCAAUAUUUUAACGUUACAUUCAAGUAAGCCUCUCCAAAACAGAAGUACUGAACCCAGGAAAAUGUAAUGAAAACACAAAAGUGAAGACCAUCGUGUAAACCAAAACUAUCUAUAAUAAUAAAGUGGAGUUUUCUCCCACUACAAGCUUCCACGUUCUUUUUUUUGAUGUGGGCAUAUGUCGCCACGUGUCGACGCUCAAUUGGUUACUUCUUUUUUUUUAUUUUUUUUUUCUAUUAUUUGGUUUGGGCUCUUGUGAAUGUGGCCCAUCUUAAAACACGAUCUUCGUCUUCGUCUUCUCCCUUCUCAUUCUCCAACGCGAGGCCCAGAGAUUCAGUCUGUUCAGUAUCCAUAACGCAUCCUCUUUCAAUAACUCUGCAGCUUAACUCCACCUCACCUCUUUUAAUCCACUCCUUCCACUUCAAUUGUUCAAUCAAUUCCCCUCUUCGUAUUCCAUCGUACCUGGCUUAAUCCUCACCUAUAAAUACGACAUCUCACCAUCUUGCAAUGCACACCUCAGAUCCGACGAAAUUUAGCAGUAAACUCUUUUCUAGCAACCGAUUUCGAUUCCGAUGGCGUUCACUCUUCUUAACGACUUGAGAGCCGGCCGAUGCUCCAAUACUGCCGAGGUCCGUCUGCUGAGGCUUUGGGAGGCUAGGAAUAUCAACAAAGGCGGAGAGCUUAUGAGUCUUGACAUGUUGCUCAUCGAUGAGAACUCUACUGUCGUGCACGGAACUGUCUCUGCCCUUCUCCAGCUUAGGUUCAGACAGCGUAUGACCGAGGGAUCUGUAUACACACUAAGCGGCUUCGAUGUGACGCGUAGCAGCCCGAAAUACCGGCUAUCCGAUGCGCCUGUUGCCAUUCGUUUCAAUGAUGGCACCGAAUUUGAAAAGCUAGCAACGACAUCUCGGAGGAUACCCUCGGAGCACUUCCGUUUCCGACCGUACGACCAGAUACUUGGACUAGCAAACACUGGGAGACAACUCCCCGACAUAAUGGGAGAGCUCAGUGCCAUUAGGAGCACCAUAGCGGACCGAAUCCAUGGGGCUCAGCGCGUAAUGCUAAACUUGCGUCUUGGAAGUAUCUUUGGCUCCUUGGCCCUUUCAUUCCAUAACAAGCUCGAUGGGUACGGAAGAGAGCCAAGGAUCGUUGUUGUAACAGCCGUGAAUCCUAAGUUGGUUUCUGGAAAGUUAUAUUUGAAUGGUACUUCUGCGACACGUAUUUUUUUUACUCCGAAACUGCUGUUGGAGCGGAUGCAUUUGCCAGAUUGCCAACUGGUGAUACAGACCAGUCAGGGUCUUCAUCAAAGGUGGUUCACGCACAGAAGAUUGAACCCAUGACGGUUUCAGAGCUUAACCAAUUUAUUUUCACCGCCGAUCCUCAGAUAAUUGAGUUCCUCUGUACAGCCAAGGUGACUGAGAUUCAGCUUGAUGAGGGUUGGUGUUACAUUGGAUGCUCCACUUGCUCCAAGAAACUCAUCCGAGAGGAGACUUCAUUCACAUGCGUCCCAUGCAAUGAAACCAAUGCUGUGGCUAAACUGAAGUAAAUUAUUUUUGCUUGGUGCGUCUUGGUGUCUGUAAAAAAGUACUAAAUUUCAUUCCAAUCCGACAGGUAUCGUGUGAUUCUCUCCGUGUCAGAUGACACUGGUUCAGCAGCUUUCCUUGGUUUUGAUGAAGAGGUUGCUAGCCUGACUCAUGUUCUUGCUUCUGAUGCUGCACAGAUCGUGGUAUGCCCGCUAAUCGACCUCUACGUUUUGAGCGUGAAAUGUUUUAUUGUAUACUUAGUUUACUUAUAUUUUUCCUACACAUUGCAGGGGAUAGGUACUAAUGCCCAAGUUGACAUCGACCUACCUCGCUCGCUCGCUAAUCUGGUGGGGAGUACCUACACUUUCCAGCUCAGGUUAAAGGACUUCAAUUUUGGUCCAAAUCACCGAAGCUUUACCAUAUCUCGCAUUUUCCCCGCACGUGAUCUUGCGCCAAAGCCAACUUUUUCUGUGAGUGUACCUGAGUUCUCUUUAUUUGUAAGUGACGCUCAUAUAUUGAU